AGACAGCUGAUGUAACUUCUGCUUUCAUACGUCACUUUUGUGGUCUAACGGACUUAGAGUGCAAAAAGCGCCAAACAGCGAGACACACCAGAGACGACGAGACGCCUGACGAUGGAUGACCUUUUCACCAUGAAUGUGACCUCCAUGGAUGACAUCAUCACAAAAAUGAUCACAGAGGAGCCGUCUGCUUUCAGUCCCUCGGCCACCUCUGACAACUAUGACUACUCAGACGACUACGGAGACUUGCUAUGCGACCGGGAGUCGGUGCGGGUGUUCAGGAGUCACUAUGAGCCACCGCUCUUCUGGAUGAUCGCCCUGGUGGGCGGAGCCGGGAACCUGGCCGUGGUGUGGAUCUACCUGAACUUCCGGCGCCGGCUGAAGACGAUGACCGACGUGUACCUGCUGAACCUGGCCGUGGCCGACCUGCUGUUCCUGGUCACGUUGCCGCUGUGGGCGGCCGAGGCGUCGCACAGCUGGAUCUUCGGCACCUCCCUCUGCAAAAUAAACUCCGCCCUCUACAAGGUGAACCUGUUUAGCAGCAUGCUGCUGCUUACCUGCAUUAGCGUGGACCGUUACAUCGCCAUCGUGCAGACCACAAAGGCGCACAACUCACAGGUGGAGCGCCUGCGCUGCAGCCGUUUGGUGUGCGCGGGGGUGUGGCUGCUUGCACUGCUCCUUGCCACGCCCGAGCUGGUAUUUGCUGCCCCCGCAAAGGUGGAAUCGCAGGACUACUGCCGUAUGGUGUUCCCGAACCACCUGGGGAACAACACCAAGAUCCUGGUACUGUCCCUGCAGGUGAGCAUGGGCUUCUGCCUGCCCUUCAUCGUCAUGGCCUUCUGUUACAGCGUCAUCGUCGCCACGCUGCUCAAGACCCAGGGCUUCCAGAAGCACAAGGCCAUGCGUGUCAUCCUGGCGGUGGUGGUGGUGUUCGUUGUGUCGCAGCUGCCUUACAACAGCGUGCUGGUGAUGGAGGCGGUGCAGGCCUCCAACAUCACCAUCACGAACUGCGAUCACCUGAAGGCCUUUGAUAAGGCGGGGCAGGUGCUGAAGAGUCUGGCCUACAUGCACGCCUGCCUCAACCCCUUCCUCUACGUCUUCGUGGGCUCACGGUUCCGCCGUGACGUGGUGCAGCUGCUGCGCUGCUGCCGCUGCGUGCCACCCGUCACCAAGAUUCAGCUGUCCACCAAGUCCAGCAGGAGCCCGCUGAGCUCCACCCGAGCCUCGGUGAUGUCUGACAGCGAAACCUCGCAGGCGCUGUCGCUGUAGAAACCGUCACUGCGCAACUUCCUGUUUGUGCCAGGGCAGCUGCAACAGCAGACCUUGCCAACGGAAGACGCCUCGAUCGCAGGAAGAGUUUUUAAGAAGCUUUGAUUCAACACGUGUGCUGCUUCACCCUAACAUCCACCCACAGACAGUCACAGCCCGCUCACCUGAGAACACCUUCACCUCAGAGCACAGGACAGGUGGAGGCUGGGCGCGCCUGCUGGUUACAGCUUUUACAGUUUUGGGGAAAACAAAAAGAAACCUUUGUAAUGAGAAUGUAAAACCUCCACAUCAUUUUCUGAGCCAGGACUUUUCCAGGUGUUUCCAGGACUUUUCAGGGCUUGCUUGUACAGUAAACAUGAAGCUGUUUUUAAAUGUGACGUUUUAGCUGCUGUAUCAGAGACGGGACCGGUCUCCUCGCUGCGUUUGAACAGAAACUGAGCCAAAGCUGAAAUGUGACUAAUGCUGUAUAUAACCCUGUUUGUGUGUGUGUGUGUGUGAGUGUGAGUGUGUGAGUGUGAGUGUGAGUGUGUGUGUGUGUGUGUGUGUGUGUGUGCGUGUGAGUGUGUGUGUGUGCGUCACACCAAUGUAAAUGUUUUGGUUUUCUGAGUUAUGAAAAUAAAGUGUGAGAGAAAAACGGGGAAGUUGA